GAUAAAUAGAGGCCUUUCUAUCAUUUGCAGUUCACUAACAUACCACUGGGAGUCUUCCUGCAACUUAUCGUACUUUCUUGCGAAAAAGGUCUUCAACAGCUUCCCAUCAGUAUUUCUCCGUGUUCAGAUAUCAAAGUAUAACAAAGUACAAUAUCAAAGAAGUGGAUCAUGGCUGCUUGUAUCUACUUCCUCUUGAUGCUGAUGUUGUGCCAUUCCUAUGCGCAGACUUGGCCAUCUGGUACCUACGGUCUUCCUAAACCUCUGACUGGGUGUCCAUCUGGCUGGGUUGAUGGGCGUAGAGGGCAUGAUACUGAAGACACAAAUCCAAUCAACAUGUGGAGUGUCCCGAUUAAUCUGGCCGGUUAUCAAGGUAGAAGCAACAUGGAGCAUCAAUUCUGCAUGAAGACUUUUACUUCUGGUAGCUCCAGCUGGCCAGCAGGGGAGUACUGCAUCUACAAAUAUGGGUCUUGUCCAUCAGGAUUCCAGGAAAAAUUCAUUUUAUGGGAUGAUGAAGACACCGAUAACAUGAAUACCAAGAGUGGGACUCUGCCCGAUGGCAUCUACGACAAUAACUCAUUGUACAAAUUCUGCUGCCGAAAUGACGGUGAUACUUGGCAGGCCAUUUCUCUUCCAACAGGAAACAAUUUCUAUCUUUUCGCCAUAAAGGCUGGGUCUACUUGUCAGCGGGUUAUUGGCAUGGAUGUAACAAGUGAGUGGUUCCAUUGGGACAAUGAAGAUUACAUGAAUGCAGACGGUGAAAGUUCCGGUUCCAACACUCCCUAUCCAGGUGCGUUUGACAAUUCAAUUUCUGAGCCCUUUUCAACUAUAUUUUUGGCAUAUGGCAUAAUGCUAUCAUGUAUUUCACUUUCGGGAAUAAGGCUGAUUUUCUGCUACUACCAACUUAAAAGUGCCUGGCCAUCUGGUACCUACGGUCUUCCUAAACCUCUGACUGGGUGCCCAGCUGGCUGGGUUGAAGGACGUAGAAGGCAUGAUACUGAGGACACACAUCCACUCAACUUGUGGAGUGACCCUCUUCACUUGGCUGGUUAUCAACAAAGCAGCAGCAUGGAACAUGAAUUCUGCAUGAAGACCUCUACUUCCGGUAGCUCUCGCUGGCCAGCAGGAGACUACUGCAUCUACAAGAAAUGGGCGUGUCCAUCAGGUUUCCAGGAAGGUUACAUUUACUGGGAUGAUGAAGAUAGCAGCAAUAUCAAUACUCAGAGUGGCACUUUGCCCGAUGGGGAAUACACCAAUGACACAAAGUACAAGUUCUGCUGCCGAGAUGACGGUGUUGUCUCACAGGCUAUCAACCUUCCGACCACAGAUAACUUUUAUCUCUUUGCAGUGGGAGAUACUUGUCAGCAGGUGGCUGGUAAGACAGUGGUCUCAGAAUGGUUCUACUGGGAUAACGAGGAUUCCUCUAAUGCUGAUAUCCAGUUUGGUGAACACCCAUAUCUUGGCGUGACUGCUAGAGGCGAAAACAUCAAGCUAACAUUCUGUUACUACAACUAG